GUAUGUUAAAAUAAAUAAAAUUAUUUGUAAACUGCGUCAUUUCGAUAUUUUGUACUUUUGUCGUUUGGCUACUCCCACGUGACUAUUCAAAGAUGGCGGACGAGUCUUGGGAUAACGAAGACUACGAGCCACCUGCCUUUACAAAGCCAGCGAUCAGUGACAGAUGGGAAGGUGAAGACGAAGAUGAUGAUAUCAAAGAAAAUUGGUACGAUGAGGACACAUCGGAAAAAGCGGAAGAAGAAAAACCCACAGAUAAAGCUGUUCUACCACAACAAAAAAAGAAGAGGAUUCAACAGAUUAUAGCAGAAAAAGAAGAGAAGAAGAAGGAGCAGCUUAAAGUAAAAGAAUUAGAAAAAAAAGAAUUAACCCCCGAAGAAAUGUUAGCAGAGAAAUUAAGGCAGCAGAAAUUACAGGAGGAUGCAGAUUUAGAACUGGCCAAAGAGGCUUUCGGAACGGGCGACUUGCUACCCGAAAAAUCUAUAGAAUCCAUGGUUCCGUCGACAAAACCCGAAUUCGACGAAUUUAGGAAAGCGCUAGUUAAAAAAAUUUCUCAGUUUGAGAAAUCUCCUCAAUACGUACUAUUUCUCGACGACUUAUUUAGAGAGUUAUGUGUAAACGUGGAUUCCGAAGAAAUAAAAAAGGUCACGAGUUCUUUAAAUGCAUUAGCAAAUGAAAAAGUCAAAGCUCAAAAGACGACGAAGCAUAAAAAGAAAACAAAAGGCAAAGCGUCACUUAACUUGGGCAAAAACGCAGACUACGAACUAGGAAAUUUCGAAGACGAAUACGAAGACUUCAUUUGAAUAUAGCAUUCUUCUAAUUCUAAGGGGGGAUUUAUGUAAAUGCCUAAAUAAGUUUUGUUUAUUAAAUUUGAAAAAAAACAAUAAAAUCGUUUUUUCCACUUCUUA